AUGGAGUGGCCGUCGCUGCUGAUGCUGCGGGACGCCGUCCAGACCGCGUGCUUCCCGCGCCGGCCAAAGGACCGCGACGUCUCGAUCCAUUGGGUCACGCGCCAUCUGGUCGCGCUCUUGCAAGAAUACCCGGAUGGCAUCACGCGGCCCGUCGCGCUGACAGAGCUCAUGGUGCGCUACCUGCAGUCGCAUUCGGAGCGAGUUAUGGUCGGCGACCGCGCCAGCGAGACCGACGUACAAGUUGCCGAGCUCCGCCAGUUGAUCGCCGCGCGCCACACGCUCGUCCUCGACCUGAUAUCGCCUCACGCGUCGUCCCAGGAAGACGAGACGCGAGCGCGCGCCGAGACACAAAUGUUCAUCCACCAGCGCUUUGAGCGCUUCUUCUCCAACGACCCUGCGACCCCACAUCCGUUCAAUCUCAAGCGCAAGCUCUGGCUGACCAACCUGCGACGACUUCAGAGCGCGAACGACGCCAAGCUGCACCGGUAUCUUCCCACCGACUUUAUGAUCUUUGAGCUUUCGCUGCGGGAUGUAUGGGACAAAGGCUUCUUAGACCACGCGAAUUGCAUCACGGCGCUGCUCCAAUGGCAGCAGAUGCCUCCCGACACGAUGCACCAACAGCGGUUCCGCGGCAAGGUUGUCGACAUCUUGGCCGCGCGGCCGUGCGUGGCGUCCGGUGCGCUCCGUAGACAAACGAUCCUCAUUUCGCCGGGCGCGGCCAAUGCACCGACCUUUCUCUUUGUCCUCUGGGACCAGCAGACGCUGCUCAGCCAGCUCCUGCAGCCCGGCGACCUUGUCGUGAUCGACUGCCCUUUCUUGCUACCGGUCGACGCCACCCACUCGCCCGAGCACCGAGCGAUCUUGGCCGACGUCCCGCCGCACAGCCGCGUCUUUCCGCACAUCGCACUCGAGUACGGCUCGUCGACCGUCCUCUUUCGGACGCCGGCGACCGUCCAGCGCGACAUCCUCUUGACCCAAGCGAACGAGACCCUCGACAUUCCGAAGGAAGAAACCACCAAGUUUGCCAACCUGGCGUACUACCCGUACCCGCUGCAGCUCAACCAGCUCGCGCCGCGCAGCGUCAACGCGUCGCUUCUCGGGCUCGUCGUCGACGUCAAAGUGUCGUCCGCCAGCGCGCUCCUUGCUUCGUUUUGCGCCACGUUUUACAGCUCGCUCGAGCCGCUGCUAUGCGUCGAGCUGACCAUCUGCGACUGGCACCGGUUGGAAAAGCCGCUGCAGAUCGAGUGCGUCGGGGCGGUCGCUGCCACGGCGGUGCGCUGCGCGCUCGGCCACGUCGUGUUCCUUGACGGCGUCGUGCUCGUGGAGGAUCCUGCGACCAUGCGGCGCGUCGUCGGUCUCUGCGCGGCGUGGCACGACAUCCUCGGCAUGAAGACGUCGCUGCUAAACGGCAGCCUGGUCAAUUGGAGCCAGUUACCGGGGUUUCUGCAGUCGCCGUCGUUCUACACGCCGACACUGCUGUCGGCCAAAGCGCAACCGGCGUCGAUUGUGCGCGCCACGAUCCUCGACGUCGGGUUCCUCACGCCCGCCGGCGAGAUCGACGCGACCUGCGAGCUCGGCGGGGCCGUCCGCAUGGUCCACCGCUUCUGCCGUCGCCCGGUGGCGCUCCACCGCCUUGGCACCGCGUGCAACUUUUGCGCGGAAGCCUACGUGCCCGGCCACGAGGCUGCUUUCGCGUCGUCGUUUGGCGACCUCUUGCUGCAGCUCGACGACGGCGCCGCGAGCUCAUGGGUGCUCGUGCAUGCGACCUGCACCGAGCAGCUCCUUGGUGUCGACCCCCACCUUUUCGAACAGUCGACGUACGCCGAGCAGCAAGCGACGCUCGCCGCACUACGUGGCCAGCUCGUUCUCGGCCUCCUCUCGCUCACGCGACCGCGGUCGUUCAAGUCGGUGCAGAUUUCUCGGCGCCUCGACAUGGCGCGGCGCGUCACGGGCAGCCUCGGCUCGACCUUGUACCACCAGCUAGACGUUCUGCGCUAA